UUUACAGCAUGUGAAAUAUUUUUGAGAUUACCUUUGUACAACUACCUUAAACCCAAUAGGAAAACGACCAUUCAUAAAAAGAUAAUACAACGCACUGCGGGUACUUGAAACGCAAACAUGAAGACGUUCGAUGGAAUCCUUGAUGAAAUUGGAGGAAUGGGAAGGUACCAAAUACUUGCUAUAUUCUUAUUAGCACUAAUUGAGAUCCCAUCGGCGUUCCAUAAUAUCAACUACGUCUACAUAGGUGCAAAGCAAGACCAUUUUUGCGCACCAUCGGCUGAGUUAUCUGCGUUUAAUCUAACCAAAGAUGAACUGAGAAAUUACACCAUACCGUAUGAAGUAAAAGAUGGAACACGUGAAUACAUGAAUUGCGGACAGUAUCGUCGGAACUAUUCCUCGAUCGGCAAAAAUGAUGUGCAACUCUGGCUUGAUGAAUAUAUUAAAGAGAACUUUACACAACCCGACGAUUUGCCCAUUGAGGAAUGUAGCGGGUGGUUGUAUGAUACAAGUAUAUACCAGACAACCAUUAUAUCCGAGUGGGACCUCGUUUGUAAUGACCGUGUCUUGGGUCCAACCACUCAAUCAAUAUAUAUGGCAGGACGAUUGUUUGGCUCUAUUAUUUGUGGUUACCUUAGCGACAGAUAUGGAAGAAAGAUUAUGGUCUUCGUCACCCUAGUUACGCACCUUGUUAUCGCAAUUGGAUCGGCCUACUCCCCUAACUAUAUUGUGUUUGCGAUCAGCCGAUUCCUCAUCGCAUUUCUCUUCUCUGGGCUUGUCACAGCUCUUACAAUCUGGAUUUUAGAGAUAGUGGGUAAAAAGUGGCGUGUAACCGCUGCUAUCAUGUUCUUUAAUGGGUUCGCUGUUGGUCAAAUGGUACUAGGAGGAAUAGGAUAUGGAGUAAGAACUUGGCGAGGUGUACAGUUGGCUUCAUCAUGUCCUAUGGCGAUAUUCCUCGUUUAUAUGUUCAUAUUUCCUGAAUCACCACGCUGGCUUUUUAGUAAAGGACGAGUCAAAGAUGGAAUAAAGGUCGUUGAGACUAUGGCGAAAGUAAAUGGAGUUAAACUAGAAAAAUCACUAGAACAAGAGAUGUCACUGUUAGACACAAAGGCGGAUCCUCUCGAAGAUGACGUCACUGAGAAACCAGAACACUUGGUUCAUGAGCCAAAAUUGACAGAUCUGUUUUUGACAACGUAUUUACGACGCAGUACAUUGAUUUUUUCCUUUGUAUGGUUUGCAACUGCGUUUGUGUACUACGGUCUAAGUUUGAAUACCGGAAAUAUCGGUGGGGACCCCUAUAUAAAUCAAAUCAUUUCUGGCUGCAUGGAUAUAUUGGGUAAUACUCUGGUAAUAUUCAUAACCAUGAAGAUUGGUAGGAGGCUACCGAUGGCUGGCUUCUUGUUCGUGGCAGGUGUUGCGCUUCUCUUGAUCAGCGCUGUACCAAAAGAUCGUAAAUCUUUAGAAUACGUGAUUAUUGCAUUUGCUAUGACUGGAAAGCUGGCAAUAGCUGCUGCCUUCAAUAUAGUGUGGAUUUACACCCCAGAGGCAUACCCUACAUUUCUUAGAGCAUACGCAACUGGAACAGGCUCUGCUGUGGCAAGGAUCGGAUCAACAAUUGCUCCAUAUGUACUUCUUCUCGGAGGUGCGACCAAUAAGAGUGUUCCAAUGGUCUUGUUUGGUGCUGUGUCCGCUUUAGCUGGUGUGGCUACUCUUUGGCUACCGGAAACACGUGAUAGUGAUCUAUUAGAAACGAUAGACGAUGCAGAAACGCUUAACUCGCAACAAUACAGAAAGAUGCACUUCAGAAGAUGCUGCAAAAGAACCACAGAAAGUGAAGAAGGGCAAGUAGAUGCCUGAAUGUAUCUGCAUUCACCUACAUAGGGCCUCAAUACAAAAGGCAGCACCCCCCUCUCAGGAGACAAAUUGACAAAUCGUUAUUAAAGGCUGAUUUUUGACAAUUCUUCGUCCAAAUGACAUCACUCAUAGCAACAGUAUUACAUUCUAAUUUUAUUUCAUUGUACUAAGAUGAAUAUUUUUCUUGUUGUACAGCAAUAUAGAAAAAAUUAAAUACACUAAAACAACC